UAACUUUUGAACCCCCAAAAAAUGAUUGGUAAAAUAACUAUUGAACCCAAUAAUUUACCUUCCAAAAGAUUUUUUUUUUCCCAUUCUUUUACCUCUAAAACUCACUUCAUGAUUUCUUUCGUAUCAUAAUAAUUCAUAUCAUUUCCUUUUCCUCUGUCUGAAAGAUUGAAAGAGAAAGAUGGGGGAUAGGAUGCUAGUAGGUAGAUAUUGGUGUUACAUUUGUUCUCAGAUGGUGAAUCCAACAAUGGAACCUGAGAUCAAAUGCCCAUUUUGUGAAUCUGGAUUUGUUGAAGAAAUCACCAGCGUAACACCUUACUCCAACAACAACAAUGGCGGAAACGAUUCAGCAGGCUCAACCAACAAUCUUUUACUUUGGGGUCCAAUCUUGCUUGGCUUGAUUGGUGGUUUAGGUUCUUCACAGUUGCGAAUCACAGGCAGGGCCCAAAUCAAUGAUGGCAAUGAUGCCAUGGAUGACGAACUUGGUAGAGAGUUUGAAUCCUUGGUUACUAGGAGGAGGAGGAGGACUUUGGGUCCGGGUAUUCGGAUACUUCAAGAUAUUCGAACCGAAUCGGAGAAUGCAGAGAACGAAGGUUCCGAUCGAGGCGGUCGAAUGAUCUUAUUCGAUCCUUUUAAUGACGAGGCAUUGAUUGUUCAAGGCUCAUUUGGUUUCAACCAUGGACAAAGCUCAAAUCCAAGGGCAACCAUUUCAUUUAGUGAUUACUUAAUGGGACCUGGUUGGGAUCUUUUGUUACAGUAUUUAGCAGACAAUGAUCCGAACCGCCAUGGGAACCCACCAGCAAAGAAAGAAGCAGUGAAAGCAAUGCCAAAUGUGACCAUAGAUGACAAUCUACAAUGUUGUGUGUGCUUGGAAGAAAUUGAGAUUGGAAGUCAAGCAAAAGAGAUGCCAUGUAAACAUAAAUUCCAUGGUGGAUGCAUUACUCCAUGGUUGGACCUUCAUAGCUCUUGCCCCAUUUGCCGCUUCCGGCUGCCUUCUGACGAAGAAAAGAUGGACGAGAAUGGCACCGGCCAAAGUAGUGGGAGGGUGGGGAACAGACGAAGGUAUUGGAUACCAAUUCCAUGGCCUUCUGAGGGUUUAUUAACAUUAUCAGGUUCAUCUCAAAAUGCUGCUUCUUCAAGUGCUUCAUUGGAAGCCAUGCCUGGAAGUUCAAGUGCAGCUCAAACAGAUGAUAAUUGAUUAAACAUGUUCUUUCACAACUCGGAUGAUUUUAUUUUUAAAUAUUCUUUUUGAGGCCUAACCUGAAGUUUCUGCUGUAUAAUUUGUUGUAUUUUGGUGGUUUUUGUUUUUUGCUGAUGUUGUAAAUUUAUUAUUUUUUUAAUAUACAUAUAUAUAUAUAUA